AUGAGUGAUUAAACAAAUUUGAUUACAUAUAUCAUAAAAUUAGAAACCACUUACACUAAAUUAAAAUAAAAGAUGAUAAGAGAAAAGAAUAUGUUUAAGAGUGUACUUUAAAAGUAAAAAUGAACUAUAUUAAGUUUAUCGUAAAAUUUAGGAAUCAAAUGUAAUGAAUCCUAUUUUGAUUCUUUGGUUAUUUAAGAAGAGGAUCCUCUAACAAAUUGGAAUGUGUUACUCAAUAAAUAAGAUAAUGUUAUUAGAAUAAGGAAAGAUAUUGCAAAAAAAGAAGCCAUUUAAGUUAAAUAAAAGAGAAAAAGAAGAACUAAGGAGGAAAUAUAAUAAACAACUCAGUUGUAGUGA